GCACAAAUUAAAUACAAUUCAUUGCUAAAUGUUGCAAAUAUCGUUUCUUAUGUGUAUUUCUACGAGAUAUACAGAAAUUACUACUUCUACAAGUUUUUUGGUCAGAGAGAGAGUGGUAGCUGGAAGUCAUUUUAUUUUUAGCACUUUUAAAACACCCACCCCGUUCAGAGAACAUUAUUUUUAAAGUCACAGUGCUGUAAGCUUUUCCCGAUAGAGUAUCUAACCAGUAGCCAUGCAACAAGUUUCUAAACAUAAAAAAAUAGUGCUUUCUGCAGGAAGAUAGAAUACUGUCCAUGAUAUCUUUGUUCCUGCCUCUGUUAUCUAUGGGGGCGGGUCAAAGGAAGUAAAAAUAUGUAGUCUCUUAACUCCAGUUUUCUCUCAAAUUCUACAAAUUACAUUCCCUCUGUAAUAAAAGUAUCAUUACUGUAGAAGAUUUCAUACAUAUAUCCAGAAAAAGAAUAUAGAAAAUGUCAAUAAAAAUGACUGAACUCGAAAGUCAAACAAUAAUACGUUCGUACUUGUUAAAAGUAAAAUGUUUACACGUUUUUCAUAACGUGUUCUCAGGAUUACAUAGGCAACUUACAUUAGUGAAACUAAUUAUGAUACUAGCUGUAGUAUUUAUGUCACUUAUAUUCUUAUUGAAUUUGCUAUACACUUCAUGCUCACACAUAAGUAAACAUUUAAAGACUGUAAAUUAUAUCCAUAAUGGAAAUUAUAAACAUAGCAAUCUAAUUAGCAAUAAACUUAUUUUAACUAAUUUGUCCGUGGAAGAAAUGAAAAAUGUUAGGAUUCGAUUAAGUAUCAGGAAAGCUGAAUUAGAACAAUAUUGUAAAAUCAUUGGCAAAACAGACUCAAACUUGGACAAUGUAUUGUCAAACAUGGUUAUCGAUACAACACAUGGAAUAUCAUGGUGUCCUAUAUACAAAGCAGCAAGUUCAACUUGGAUGAAGCAUUUUGCAACACUUGGGGGAGUAUUAACAGAGACAGCUAUGGAAUUGAUUCGGAGAGAUAUUUUACAGAUUAAUACCAUUGUUAGAAAAGCAUUUCCACGCGAUCGAGACAUCAAGAAAGCCUUCCAAAAAUUAAAUAAAACAAAGAAAUUCUUGAUCGUUCGUCACCCGUUUGAACGUCUUGUAUCCGCGUACAGAGAUAAAUUAGAGCACAUAGAAGGAAGAGAUUAUUACUAUAAAAGAUUUGGACGACACAUUGUGCACAAAUAUCAUAAAUACAGACAACCAAAUGAAACCAAAUUAGAACCCACGUUUACAGAAUUUCUUCGUUUCAUAGUAGAGGAAAAAUACUUUGACGAACAUUGGGCACCAUUUGUCAAUACAUGCGAACCUUGUAUAAUUAAGUACAAUUACAUUUUAAAAUUUGAUACGUUUGAUAGAGAUCAACAAUUCCUUAUACAAGAACUAGGUUUAAGCGAAUAUCUAUACGAAAAAAGUGAUUUAAGAAAUAUAAAUCCACGCGGGGUUACAACUAGCGCUUUGGUUAAAGAGUAUAUGCAAAAUGUUCCUAGAUCAUUGCUCGAUGAAAUUAAUAAGGUUUAUGAAACUGAUCUUAAAUUGUUUUCUUAUUUACCUAUAUAAUAUUUAUAAGAUGUUUUCCAUUAGCGAUAAAACUAUAAAUGUGAUAAAUAAUUGCAUUUAAUCCUGAACUUCCGCAAUAAUGAUCUCUAUCAUGGAAUUAAUAUCUUCUGUAUUUCAUAACUAUUUUAAUUGUUCUUACUUGUCCACAAUGGUGUACGACGUAAUACUGCCAUGACAUACAGCUGCAAUAUUAAUUGUGGAGCAGCUCCCAUAAAUGACUCAAACAAAUGCAACAUGCAUAUAUCGCUUUCCUGUCUAUACACCCAAUUUUUAUCCUUCACAAAUUGUUUGCUUCUUAAUGAAUAUAUCGUAGCAUAAAGUAAUAUUAAAUACCUAGAAAUAAAAUUAUUUUCCCUCAAAAGAAACACAAGAACUAAUUGUAAGCCGAUAGGAAAAUUUUUUUAAAUAAUACCUGUGUAAUAUUCCCAAGAACAAAAAGUGUAACAACCAAUGUAUAGCUUUAAUAGAACCGUCGCUGUGAUACCAUCUUAAACUAAACAUUUGAGUAACGCCAGCAGGUAGAAUUGUAAAACUCAAAGCAAAACAUCCCCAA